AUGGAAACUCAAGUCGAUAAAUUAGAUAAGAAUUGUUCUUAUUGUGAUAAACCAUUUGCCGAGAAAUUAUGGUGUAAAGAAUGUGACCCUUGGCGUAUGAUUGAAGGAUGGACUAGUGGAAAUUCUGAUAUUGAUAAAUUCAUAAAAGAUACCAUUUAUGAUGAAAGAAAUGAAGAAUAUCCAAGAUUUCUUGAAUGGGUGCCUUAUGAUAGAAUCACAGAUAUAAAAGAACUUGGUGAAGGAGGAUUUGCCAAAGUGUAUUCCGCAACAUGGAUCGAUGUUAAUUCAAGAUUUUAUAUGAAAGAUGACGGAAGUUGGAAAAAGUAUAAUCCAAAACCUAUGAAGGUUGCUUUGAAAAGGUUAAAUGGAUCACGAGACAUGUCAGCCAAAUAUUUUAGUGAGGUAUUUUAUAUUUUACCUUUUAUAUUAUCUAAUAAUAAUAUUUCUAAUUUGCUUAAAUUUUCAUAA